AUGGCAGCAGAGGGUGUCGGACCGACUGUCGAGAUUCCGCUUCUUCAUGGUGAUGAGGAAGCGCUGCUGGUAAAUUUGGAAAACGAUGACUUCACGGGACCAGGACAAGAUGAAUACAUUGUCUCUAUUCUCACAAAUGAAUCGGUCCCGUUGUCGCUCUUCCUUACAUUUGCUGUCGAAGCUCACAAGCGAAACUUGACGAAGGCAUUUCAUACAUUUUUGAAUGGUGGGAAAAAGUAUUUCGAUGAAGGCAAAGGUGCAAGCGGUCCAGACACCGAACGAGAUAAAAUCAUCCUAUUGAAUGCAUUGAUCAAUGACAAGAUACAUGCUGCUUACAAGCAGAAGAACCUAGCCUUGUUGGAUGAAGUAACUCGACUCAUUAAUGAAGCUGAUGCCAUCGAUGCACGAGAUGCUUUGACUCGUGUCUCCAAAGCAAUGUUGUACUAUGUAAAAGGAGAGUUUGAGCCAGCGUACACUCUUUUGACUGGUUUCUCUGAUGUGAACGAUCUCCCCUUCAAUAUUACUAUGGGAGCUGUUGCUAUGAAAUUGAAGAAAUGGAAGGAGGCUUGCAAAUGCUAUCAAAGAAUACUAAUGGUUGCCCCAGACCUCAAGCCUGAUCCACGGAUACCAAUUGGCGUAUGCUUCUAUCGUACAGGUCAUUUGGAGCUAGCCAGAAAGUCGUUUGAACGUGCUCUUGAACUCAAUCCUUCCGAUGUCACUGCCAUAUUAAGUCUAGCUGCAAUGGACUGGAAGGAAGCCAAGAAUGCCAACCGGACUCUCGACGAUCGUACCGAAAUGAAAAAGGCUGGAAAGAAACGAAUAGAGACUGCAGCACGAGUCGAUGCUCAACAUCCAUUAGUGCAGAUAUUUCUAUCGUUAAGAGAGAUGGAGAAGCCCGUAGAAGUUCAGAAUGUCGCAAAAUGGAUUGGAUGGGCUGACAAAGUCCUAGAGAAUACCCAAUCGUCGAGCUUGCGCUCUGAUGCAUAUUUUCUGAAAGCACGAGCAUUACACUGUCAGGAGCAGUAUAGCCAAGCAUUCGAGUCAUAUAAGGCGGCAUUGGAAUCGAAUCCGGAUUCUGUUCCUAUUCUGAGAGGUCUGGGUGAAAUGUACAUAUGGCUAGGCGACGAGACUCGAGCCAUUGAAACCUUUGAAAAGGUUCUAGAAAAGUCUCCAAAUGCUACAGCAGUACUUUAUGCAUUAGGCUCUCUCUAUGCUAAAAGGCACGAAGAGAAGGCCAAGCAAAAAGUUACAGAACUCUUCACUACAUUGGCCAAAGCUAUUACUGGACCAAAUGGUGAAGAGCUGGUUCGAAAUCCAAUGCUCUGUGUUGAAAUGGCUUGGGUGAAAGAAGGAACAGAUGGAUCUAACAAGGAGUGUGAAGAAUGGUACACUAAAGCAGUCAAUAUCAUGACUGAUGAGCACAUGGAGGUGCCUAUUGAAGUCGCAAACAACCUGGCAGUCAAGAUGCACUUGAAUGGCAAACAAGAGGACUUAAAGCACAUGUUUGAAAUUGCUCUCGAGAAAUGUCGUGCUAUGGAUGACUCGACAGAUGACAAGAUUGUUGCUUAUGAAAUUACAAUCAGGUACAAUCUGGCACGACACCUUGAGCAAAUAUCUGACAUAGAGCAAGCUGUUGCGCUGUAUGAAGAGAUAUUGCAGUCUGAUCCUGAAUAUCAUGAUGCUCGAUUACGUUUGGGGGCUAUUGCUGAGAGUCAAGAGCAAUAUGAAAAAGCUCGUGAACACUUCAACAAAGUCUUGGCUUUUGAUUCUCGACAUGUUGAUGCCAUUGUCAUGUUGGCACAUCAUUGGGAGAAUCUGAGUAAUAGCCAUUCUAGCAAAUCUGGCAAGAUAUCUGAUGAAGCUCACAAAGAAACCAAGGCAGCUCGAGAUCUGUAUCAAAAGCUUGGCAAGGAUAAUAUUGAUCGAACUGAUCCUUAUGGUUUGUGUGGUGCUGGUAAUGCUACAUUGAGCUUUGCUAGAGCAGAUUACAAGAACCGUCCUGGUCACUUGAAGACAGCCUUUGAAUAUUUCAACAAGGCUCUUAAACAUGAAAAGACGUGUAUUUAUGCCAUUGUCGGUAUUGCCAAUCUGUUUGCCGAAUCCGAGCAUUACAAGGAUGCUUCGGAUGUUUAUCAACAAGUGCUAGACACUGCAGGAGUCCCUCCAGCAGUAAUUGUGACAGCAACUCUCAAUCAUGCUCAUGUUUUGUACAAUCUUGGACUGCAUAAACAAGCCAUUGCCAAGUACGAGUCAGUUUUGCACAGUACAUACAAGGAUCACAAUGCCGAAUUGAGCAACUUUAUUGCUCGAUGUUGUUUCGCUAUAGCAAAGCAAACACAUGAUCCACAAAUGAUGUUGGCAGCUUUAGAACACAUUCGAAAGGCAACCAAACUUGAUCCUAAUAAUAAUUCUUACCGAUACAACAUUGCCAUGGUCCAACAACAAUAUGCACAUACACUCAAUUCAGCUCCAAGUCACAAGAGAACCGUUGCAGCUAUGGAAGAGGCGCUUCAAGGACUUGAAUUGUCACGGAGUACGUUUUCAGCUCUUGCUCAAAUCGAUCCUGCUCAACACGAUGGCUCUUAUGACAUCAAGGCAGCUUUACAGCGUGCAGACUUCUGUGAAAAAGUCAAACGCGAAACAGAAAAGAAGAUGCACGAGACCAAGACUUUGGAUCGUGAGAGGACUCUCAAGAUGCAAAUGUUGGAAGAAGAGCGUGCAAAGAAGAGAGAGGAAGCUCUCCUAGAGCAGGAAGCCAAACGUGCUGCUGAACAGAAACGAAAGGAAGAAGUGGAAGCAAACCUCCUUCGCCUUAAUGAGAUUGCUAGGCAACAGAAUCAGGCACAGAAAGACGAGGAGGAAGCUGCCAGAGAACGAAAGGCACAGCGUAAAGCAGCCAAAGGCAAGCCCAAGAAGGGUGAUGGUAUUGUAGAAGAUAAUGAUUCCAGUGAUCCUGAUGCUUCUGAUGCUGGAAAUCAAGAACCUGCACCGAAACGAAAGAGUGUAGUCAAGAAGAAGAGGAAGGUCAAAGAAGUCACUCCAGAAUCUGAUGCAGAAGAGAGUGAUCAAGCCGAUAAUGCAGCCAAUGACGAUGUAGAAACAAACGACGCUGGAAGUGAUGCCAAUAAUAAACCAGCUGAUGGUGCCACUGAUGAUGAUGAACGACCCAAAAAAAAGUCAAAGAAAUCCAAAUCCAGCAAGUCAUCGAAAUCAUCAUCGAAAUCAAAAUCGAAACCAUCAAAGUCGUCAAAGAAACGAAGACGCAAUGUUUCCGAUGAUGAAGACGAGUCUCGAAACAGUAAAUCAGCAGCAGCAUCAGAACAAGAAGGAAGUGACGAUGGUGAAUCCAAACCACGUAAAAAGAGUAAAUCGGCUGCAAAAAAUAAGUCUCGCAAGGCGUUGAUCUUGUCGGCUGAAUUUGUUGAUAGUGAUGAAGAAGGUGGUGCUGUUAAUGAGAAUGAUGGUGGUGAAGAAGGUGCCACUGGGGAUGUUGUGGAAGGCGAGGAAUGA